AUGAUGCUUUCUUCAUUAGAAAUAUCUGAUAAUACACCUAUGACAUUAAAUCGAUAUCAAACAUUACAAGAUCAAUCACUAAAACAAGAACGAAAAUUAGCAAUUCAACGACCACUUAUUUCAAAUUUUGCAUAUAUCAAAUCGUCAAUACCACAUGACAAUAUAUCUGGUAGUCUUAUAAAAAGUAAGACACCAUUAAACCAACAAUACAAAGUAUCCAAAAAUGCCAAUAAUAAUAUAAAAAAUAAUUCUAUGCGUGAUAAACGUUCAAAAUCUUGUUAA